AUGGCUCUACGGAACAAGGCCGGCGUCUUCGUCGGCGCUGCUUUGUUGCGACUUGUGCUCUUUACCGCAUUCCCCCGCCUUCCGGACCGCUUGACCGGCCGCGUCGAGAUCUCGACCCCCGUCACCAGCUUUAAACGAUUGCAAGAAGGCCUGUUUCUAUAUAACCACAACGUCGAUCCCUAUGAUGGCGGCGUCUUCCACCAGCCGCCCCUGCUGCUUCCCCUCUUCUCACUGCUCCCCGAUGUCAAGCAGUGGCCCGUCUUUACCGCCGUUUUAUACAUCCUUGUCGACCUACUCAGCGCCAGCGCGCUCUCCGCCAUUGCGGACUCGGGCGAGGCCGGCCAAACGAAGCUCUAUACCUCCCCGCGACGAGCCAAGACGACCUCAGGCUUGUUCAUUGCCGCGGCCUUCUUAUUUAACCCACUUACCAUCGCUACCUGCCUGGGUCGCACCACCAGCGUCUUUACCACAUGCGCCAUCCUCCACGCCAUCGCCAAGGCACUCGCCGGUUCGCCAUUGAACGCCAUGGUCGCCCUGGCCUUCGCCUCAUAUUUGUCCAUGUAUCCCAUCUUGCUCCUCCCGCCGCUCAUUAUCCUCGCGUACGAUCGUCAAUCCGCUGGGCGUGCCAUUGGUAGCGCGCCAACCUUUACGGCUACCUGCCUUGGUGCUGUGGCCGCCAUCCUCGCCAUGUUGUUUGGCAUGUCCUUUGCGCUAACGGGAAAUUCCUGGGCCUUCUUCGCGCGCACAUAUGGCAUCCAACUGACACUCUCAGACCUGACCCCCAACGUGGGUCUGUGGUGGUACUUCUUCAUUGAAAUCUUUGAUCCAUUUCGUGCCUUCUUCCUUGGCGUCUUCUGGCUUCACCUUGGUGCCUAUGUUGGCGGCUUGUCGAUACGAAUGCGUGGGCAACCCCUGGCGGCAAUAUCAGUGCUUUUGGGUAUCUUUGCCAUCUUUAAGCCAUAUCCCUCGAUUGCUGACACGGCACUGUUCCUCGGCGUACUCCCGCUCUACCGACACCUAUUCCCGCUCAUGCGGUACAGCUUCGUCGCUUCCUCGACGGUUCUGUACUCGUCAUUUUUGGGUCCCGCCUUCUACCACCUGUGGAUUUAUGCGGGAAGCGGCAAUGCCAACUUCUUUUACGCCAUUACGUUGGUUUGGAGCCUGGGCCAGAGCCUGCUCGUCAGCGACUUGGCAUUUGCGGUGCUAAGAGAUGAGCUAGAUGUUGAGAGACCUGAUCUUAUUGGAAAAGAGAUAAAGCAACUGUAG